UCAAUUGUGAGUCGUGACAUCUGACAGAUGAGAGGGUAAAGGUAGAAUUUUGUCAUUUUGUGUUUGAAAACUGAAUAAUGUAUUUAAAGUUUUACAUGUAUCAAUGAAAUACUUGUUGUGGUGCUAGUAGAAUUUUAUUGUAAUUGUUCUGUAAAUGAAAGCUAGAAACAUUAAGUUACUAAAACAGAAAGCACAACGUAUAUACAUUGGUAUACUAUUAAGUCAACUGACUAAAUUUAUAAUGAUUAUGACGAAUAAAAAUUAUAAAAAGAUGAAAAAUGUUGAUAAAGAAUUCAUAAUGGAUUUAUUUCUAGACAGCGAAAAUGUUUGCACAGUGAACAGGCUAGUGGUGUCAAUAGCAAAUGUUAUAAAUGAAAAUCAUGAUAAUUUAAAUACUCUGGGAGAUUUAAUGAAAAGAGAAUAUAAUCAAGUUUCACAGUCUGUUUCUGAUGAGUGUUUGUUGGGUGUUUCUAUUCGGCGAGUUAAAUGUUUUUAUGAAUUGGUCAUACAAAAUUUUACUGAUAUUGAAUAUGUCAAUAAGUUUAAAAUGAAGCGAAGUACAGUUGAGGCACUGAUAACAUUUAUGAAAAGCUAUAUCAAACCGGGAAAUAUUCCACUUGAUAAAAAAGUGCAUGUGUUCCUUUGGUUCUUACUAAAUGAUUCCUCAUACAAUGAUAUUGGGAAAAUGUUUGGCUUGCAUAAAUCAUCAGUCAGUUAUAUUUUUAAUGAGAUUGCUUCUCUGCUAACUGAGAACAGAUAUCAUUUUAUUAGCUGGCCGUCAUCGGAGGAGCAACACAUAACUAGGAUUAAAGUAACCAGUAGAUUUAAAUUCCCCCAAUUGGUAGGAUUUAUAGAUGCUUGUAGAUUUAAAGUUGGACCACAAAGAAAUAGAAAAGAAAAACCAGAAAUGGUGUUAUUACAAGCUGUAUGUGAUGAAUCUCUGAUGUUUAUGGACAUUUAUAUAGGAGAAAAAGGAAAACUAAGGAAAAACAGGGUCUUCAAAGAGAGUCCGCUAUCACAUGAAUUAAAAAACUUUGUUGACUUUGAUAAUCACAUAUUAGGAGAUUCUGAUUAUCGUCUCAAAAUGAAUGUAAUAACUCCUUUUACUAGUGAAGAAUUACUGACAAGUGAAGAAAUGAAGUUUAAUGAAGUUCAUUGGAAAGCCCGCAGUUAUAUUGGCCGGGCGUUUGAGUUGUUGAAAGAGAGAUUCAGGAAACUUAAUCACAUAGAUGUUGUUAAAAUGGAAUCUGUGAAUUAUUUGAUUUCAGCAGCUUGUGUUCUGCAUAAUUUUAUUUUAAUGCAAGAAGGAUGUUCUGAUGUAAAAGAGGAAAUUGUGUUGUGUGAUGAUGGUGUUAGCAUAAAUACAGAUAUUGUUAAAACAGCAGAGGAGAAAAGACAGUUUUUGUGUAAUUAUAUUAAUUAUAUGGAUCUUGAGGAAUAAAUACUUGUAUAAAGUAUAGCAAACAUUUUUUUUUAAAUAAUUGUUAUUAGGGUAUAAGUAUACAUUGUUGUUUUAAUAGUUUACUGUAAAUAUAUACUGAAUAGUAUCCUUACUUUACAUGUAGUAGAUUAAGUAUAGUAUUCAGUCUCGGAUCUUGAAUUUUUUGGAGGCGGGGCAAAAUCUGGAUAAUGCUGCCCUAACCACCUAUAUCUUUAACUUUGUCAUCAUCAUCAUGAUCAUUUGGCGCUCCGCGGGAAAUAAUUUAUGUGUGUAAUGUUCUGGAUGUCUCAGUAGUCAAAGUUGCGUUAAUUAUGAGUUGUGUAUUUGUCUGCCAAGUUUGGAUUUGCCGCCCCUUGAAGUAAUGCAUGGCCGGGGCAUGGGCCCAGGCUUGCCCCUUAUUGAUCCGGGGCUGAUACUAUUCUAAUAUUCGGUGAGUGUAGAUAGAGCCUAAGGCGGCGCUAAGACUACGUUGCGAAGUGCGAAAA